UAUUACCUCAGUAGACCCUCCAAAAUUAUUCUAAAAUUCAGCAAAUUGGGGUGCCAAAAUUAGAUCACUCUCACACACAUUUUCUAUUUAAAGUUCUUAAUAUAAAUGCUCAGUAUUUGCCAACGAACAACCGCUGAGUGAUGAAAUGGGGCAGUCGGCCAUCGGAUCCGGAACCUGAGCCGCCCGCUGUGGAGUCGCCCAGUCCUUCCAGGUGGAGCAGGUCUGCGAAGAAGCCGAUCGAAAAAGCGCCUAGCCCCACCCAGUCCAGGCCCAACAUCGUCAGCAAUGUGGGCCUCUACAAGGCCACCUUCUACAGCAACAUAGGAUCCUUCUUCUUCGGCAUCGCGGUGGGCUGGUCGGGAUCGGUGGAGCGGUCGGUGAUGGAGCAGCACUCGUACUUCUUCAAUCUCUCGGCGGCCGAGUGGAACGGAGUGUGCAUACUGCUGACCCUCGGAGCGGCGCUGUGGUGUGUGCCCAUGGGCUACAUGGUGCGAUCCUGCGGCUGCAAGCGCACCAUCCUCAUGCAACUGCUGCCGAAUACCUUGGGCUGGUGCCUCACCGCCUUCGCCCAGAGUGUCUAUAUGCUAUAUGCAGGUCGGUUUGUGCUGGGCAUGUGCGGAGGUGCCCACUGCGUGGCGGUUCCCAUCUACAAUGCCGAAAUCAGUACCAAUAUCAAGCGAGGCGCCAUGAGUGUGCUCUUCCAGGGGGCCUGCAUCUGCGGUGUGCUCUACAGCUUUACCAUGUCCUGUUUCCUGGAACUGUGGCUGGUGAACUUCCUGAAUCUGGGAGUGCUCACAUUGGGCCUGCUGCAGAUCCUCAUGCCCGAGUCGCCGACGUACUAUGUGAAUCGGGGCAAUAUUGCGCGGGCGGAGGCCUCCCUGCGGUACCUGCGGGGCAAGAAGUACGAUACGAAAAAGGAGAUCGACCAUCUGAUGAGGGAACCCACUGCCAGUCAGCAGGACGUGCGCCAAGGACCACUGCGGGGCUUCAAGUAUAAGAAAAUACGAAGGAGUCUCGCGCGGACCUUGGCGCUUGCCGUGCUGCAAAAGCUGUGUGGCGCCCUGAUCUUCAUCUUCUAUGCCCCCAAUAUGCUGACCUGCCUGAAGAUUCAGCGGGAGUACGGAUCCAUUUUGGCCAUUGGGGUGACAUUUGGCUUCAUCCUGUGCAUUUUGCUGGUGGAUCGAGUGGGUCGAAGGACACUGCUGAUCUCCUCCUCCUCCGUGAUGGUUUUCAUGUCCAUUUUCCUCGGCCUGUACUUCAAGAUUUGGAUGUUCAUGGAAACGGAAGUCCUGCCCUGGGUGGCCCUCUUCUGCAUAUCUGUGUUCGUGGGUGCCUAUACCACCGGAAUAGGCUCACUCACCUGGCUGCUCAACGUCGAGCUCAUUGUGCCCGUCAUGAGGCCCGUGGGCUGUGCCAUCGCCUGUGCCUCCAACUGGCUAACUGCCUUCUGCGUGGUCUGCUGGUUCGCCAGCCACGAGGUCAAAUGCCAGCCGUAUCUGUUCCUGCUCUUCGCCAUCAUCGCCGUGAUCAUCCUGCUCUUCUCCCUGGUCUACAUCCCGGAGACCAAGGGCCUGUCCUCGUCGAAGAUCCAGCAGAAGAUGGGGGGAAUCAUGAACCGGCCAGCGGCGAUCACCUUCACAUCCAGCAGCGAUUCCUCGGAUGCUUAGUCACUGUCUCAAAUAAAUCGAUUUGUUAGUCACACUUAUUAA